AUGGGUCGAAGAUCUAUCCAGAUGCCUCACCUAGCUAAGAAACUGGGUAUACCCCCAGAACACGUUGUGCACAUAAAAAGAUUCCGUUUAGAGGAUACGCGAUCAUUUUUCAUUGCAAUGUUUUGGCAUGCUAAGGCUUCGGCCUACCGAUACAUAGUACUUAUGAAGUCAAAAAAGGAUGAACGAUUGCGCUCGAGGAUAACAAGAGAGAUUCAAAGACGCCUGAAAGCCGCGAUCAAUCUUAAGGAAGCAAGAUUCGAUCUUUGCCGCAAAGCAGGAAAGGAUCAAGCGAGAAAGGGACCAUUUCGAAUCGCAAUGCAGCCUACUGUUGACAAUCCUUCGAAACCUCGACCGAUCUGGAGGAAUACGGAAUUGAAUCAGUGGAUUAAUCAGGAAGCCAGCAUGAACCAUCGCCAGCUUUCUCCAUCAUUCGAAUCUGCCGUAUCGAUACACUCGAAGCCUAUAGAGGAAUGGGAUCCGUGGUCAGGCACGGAUAUGCAAUAUGCCCCAAGAGACCGAGCGUUAGUCAACAACACCUUAAGCUUCUACAACCAAAUGAGGAAUUUAUCAAUUCCGCGAGAGAUUAUGACUUCCGAAGAUCUUUCGAACAAGGAGCAGACAACAACGGGAAAAAUCAAGUACAUCCAUUCCGACCACGAGCUUCGCAAAUUCAACGGAAAGGCCGUCAAAUUGAUACAGAAGUACUUUGUAUCUAAAGGGAAGGACGAUGAGGCACGCGGCAUUAAGAAACAACACUCAACUAUGGAUACUCGAGAUUUCGCCGCUAGGGCGAACGCUGUCGCCAAAAAAUGCUGCAUGGAGAUGUACGCAUUUGAUAAGCACAUUAACGACAGUACAAUCGCCACGAGAAAACGUCUUAAGAAGAGAGCACACGAAAUUAAGAAUUGGAAUGGAUCUCGCGUGAGUAAAGGCCGAGGUAAAUUCAAAGGCCUAGCCGGUGGUCGCCCUUCCCCCCUUCGCACGUCAAUCAGCGUGACAGACCUCGAGGACCAUCCCUUUGAUGCGAAGGAUGAUACGGUGAUGGAGGAUACGGAGAUGAAGGCUACAGAGCCGGACUGGGGUGCUGGAGGUAUGGACAUCGAUUUGACCUCAGUGAACUGGUGA